AUGCAUCUCUUGGCUGGCGUUGGUGGCUCUUGUGAGUCGACUGAGAGACUCAACAAUGUGCCGAGACGGGAUAGCAGUAUUUCUCUCGAGGAGAGUGCUUAUAAGCAGUAUGUUGACAGCCUGGUUUGUCGAUGGGGACUAAUCAUUGUGAACAGGGACGAUCCUGAGCCUGCAAGGACUCCCCUCGUUCCUCUUGAGAGUCAAAAGAUCGAAGACUGCCAUGAUCCCAACCCAGGACAUGGAUGUACCCUUCCUAUACCCAGUCCCUCCUCUUCACCCUCAGUCGUGGAACCAAUAGAUGUCUAUCUUCAGUGCGGCGAGAGCCUCGAAGCUAGGUUGAUAAGGCUCGGAGCGAUCCUGUCUCAAGGGAGACAGACACCCGAGCCUGAGAACAUAUCUCUGUCACCAGAAGCCUCAAGCUGGGAUGUUGUCAACAUCCCACAAACUCUUGAUCGAAAGGUGCCAAGUACUCCUGUACUCCAGCCUACACAGUGCCCCAAGGCGACAAACCUUCAACCAACAACGACGGAUCCAGACAUUGAGGAUGUAGACAGAAUGUCCGUCGACUCAAAGUACGUGUCUGAUUUGCUUCUAUCCGAUGUUUCACAUGCAGCCAGCGAUAGCGCAGACAGCCAUAAGGAAGCGAUCAUUCAGUACCAAAAUGCCCCUAAGCGAGCCAGGCGUGAGGACAGGGCUCGCAUUCACAAGGACCUCAAGAAGCGAACCAAGAAGAGAAAAGUCAAGAGCAAGAGUGUAUGA